UUUGCAUGUCCGAUCCAUCCAUCGAUCUGCUACUAUAAUUAACCGCGCUAGCCAUUCAAUUCCAUCCAUUAUACAUUCAACGAUCAUUUCCUUCUUGGUUUAGAAUAUUAACCAGUCUAUAUAAUCAUCACAUCCAUUCUGUGCUUUCUUGAUCGAUCUUCUACCAUUGAGAUCGAACGUACGCCGCAAGGGAAACUACGUACUGUUCGACCAAAAUGAGGUUGAUGUCUGAUCGUUCUUUUGGGUUUUCUCUUUUGGUUCUGUUGUUUGUGAAUGUGGUCUCGGCGGCCACGCUGGUUGAUGACCUAAAGUUUCUUCCUCACCCGCACCCGCACUUAGGUUUACCCUUCGGCCGGAAAGGGCUGGGUCAUGGGUUUGGUCCUGGUGGUGGUUUAGGAGGUGGUGCCGGUGGAGGUUUUGGAGGGGGCGGUGGUGCUGGUGGAGGCCUUGGUGGUGGCGCUGGCGGUGGUUUGGGUGGUGGGGCUGGCGGAGGGUUAGGAGGUGGCGGGGGACUUGGAGGAGGUGCUGGGGGUGGGGCAGGCGGAGGUUUGGGAGGUGGUGCUGGCGGAGGUUUAGGUAGUGGUGGUGGACUUGGAGGUGGAGCUGGUGGGGGUGCUGGUGCAGGCGGGGGAUUUGGUAAAGGGGGUGGCAUUGGGGGUGGACUUGGUGGUGGGGGUGGAGCUGGGGGUGGUGGUGGACUUGGUGGUGGAGGUGGAUUGGGAGGAGGAGCCGGAGGUGGAGCAGGUGGAGGCAUUGGAGGUGGUGCCGGUGGUGGAUUAGGAGGUGGUGCUGGUGGUGGUGGGGGACUCGGAGGCGGCGGCGGACUUGGUGGUGGAGCAGGUGGGGGUGCUGGUGCCGGUGGUGGGUUUGGUAAAGGAGGUGGCAUUGGGGGUGGUCUUGGAGGUGGUGGCGGAGCUGGGGGUGGCGGCGGUCUUGGAGGAGGUGCCGGGGGCGGUCUUGGAGGUGGUGCCGGAGCCGGUGCUGGUGGAGGAUUUGGAAAAGGAGGUGGCAUUGGGGGUGGAGCUGGUGGUGGUGGUGGACUCGGUGGUGGUGGUGGAGGUGGACUAGGAGGAGGGGCUGGUGGUGGUGCCGGUGGGGGAUUUGGAGGAGGUGCUGGUGGAGGUGCCGGAGGUGGACUUGGUGGUGGAGCAGGUGGUGGCGGUGGAGCGGGAGGUGGUGGUGGAGCGGGAGGUGGUGGUGGACUAGGAGGAGGGGCUGGUGGUGGUGCCGGUGGAGGUUUUGGAGGAGGUGCCGGUGGAGGUGCUGGAGGUGGGCUUGGUGGCGGAGCAGGUGGCGGAGGUGGAGCGGGAGGUGGUGGUGGACUAGGAGGAGGAGCUGGUGCAGGUGCCGGAGGUGGAUUCGGAAAAGGUGGAGGUGUUGGUGGUGGACUUGGCGGUGGAGCCGGUGGCGGCGGUGGAGCAGGAGGUGGGGGUGGACUAGGAGGAGGAGCUGGCGCAGGUGUCGGAGGUGGAUUUGGAAAAGGUGGGGGUAUUGGUGGUGGACUUGGCGGUGGAGCAGGCGGUGGUGGAGGUUUGGGAGGUGGAGGUGGAUUAGGUGGAGGAGCCGGAGGUGGGGCUGGUGGAGGCUUUGGUAAAGGAGGCGGCAUUGGAGGUGGACUUGGUGGUGGGGCAGGAGGGGGUGGUGGAGCAGGAGGUGGAGGAGGACUAGGGGGAGGUGCUGGUGCUGGUGGAGGCUUUGGAGGAGGUGCAGGCGGCGGUGCCGGAGGUGGUCUUGGUGGUGGAGCUGGUGGAGGAGCUGGUGGAGGUUUCGGUAAAGGAGGAGCGGUAGGGGAUGAACUAUCUGGUGGUGCAGGAUUAGGUGGAGGAGCCGGAGCAGGAGGUGGCCUUGGAGGAGGCCUAGGCGGGGGAGCAGGUGCUGGUGGAGGACUAGGAGGUGGCGCAGGACUUGGAGGAGGUGCAGGUGCGGGUGCCGGUGGAGGAUUAGGAGGAGGAGCUGGUGGAGGUGCGGGUGGAGGAUUAGGAGGAGGAGCUGGUGGAGGUCUCGGUGGAGGAGCUGGUGGUGGUGGAGGACUUGGAGGCGGUGCAGGUGCCGGGGGAGGACUAGGAGGAGGAGCUGGUGGAGGCUUGGGCGGAGGAGCAGGCGGUGGUGGUGGACUUGGAGGAGGGGCUGGUGGAGGUGCCGGUGGUGGUGGAGGAUUAGGAGGUGGGGCUGGAGGUGGAGCUGGCGGAGGGUUCGGUGGCGGUGCAGGUGGAGGCGCAGGUGGUGGUGCAGGAGGCGGGUUUGGUGGCGGUGCAGGAGGCGGGUUUGGUGGUGGUGCAGGAGGCGGUGGCGGCUUUGGUGGAGGCGGCGGCUUUGGCGGUGGACAUUGAUCAUAUACAAUCAAGGCUGCUGCAUGGCUAAGGAAAUGAAUUCAUACACUACAUUGUUAUAUAUUCGAUGUAUGUGUUAAAAAUUAUAAAGUUGUGCAAUUAUAUUCUUUGGGCUAAGCCAAGCCAAGCCAAAAUUAUUGCAAUAUGUAUGAUCAGUCUAUAUGUAUCAUUUUGAUUACUAAUAUAUAAGAAAUGAAUGAACAAUUACAUAUCGGAUUGCCAUGAUUUCAUGCAGUACUCCAUGCAUUACUUUAUGCAGAUAUAUAGCGUUAUGAUUAGUGUGUAAAAUGUGAAUGAUCCAUUGAUAUUGCACGAAAAGAAAUGCGCAAAAACUAAGUAAU